AUGGGUGAAAUUGAAGAAAUUGGAGCUGAUGGCUCGGAUUUAGAUGUUGACGAUGUUAGGUAUCACAAUAUACCAGAGAAAGAUGUCAGUGACGAGGAGAUUGAAGCAGAAGAAUUGGAGAAGCGGAUGUGGAAGGAUCGUAUCAAGCUCAAAAGGAUUAAAGAAAAGCAAAAGCUUGCAGCGCUGCAAGCUGCGGAGAAGCAAAAGCCGAGGCAGUCGUCUGAUCAAGCUCGGAGGAAGAAAAUGUCGAGGGCUCAAGAUGGGAUUCUCAAGUAUAUGCUGAAGCUUAUGGAAGUCUGCAAAGCUCGUGGGUUUGUGUAUGGGAUCAUUCCUGAGAAGGGGAAGCCGGUUAGUGGUUCGUCUGAUAAUAUUAGAGCCUGGUGGAAAGAAAAGGUGAAGUUCGAUAGAAACGGUCCUGCAGCUAUAGCCAAGUAUGAAGCAGAGUGUCUUGCUAUGAGUGAGGCCGAAAAUAACCGAAACGGGAACUCUCAGAGCAUGCUGCAAGACCUGCAAGAUGCAACGCUCGGGUCACUGUUAUCUUCUUUGAUGCAACAUUGUGAUCCUCCUCAGAGAAAAUUCCCGUUGGAAAAGGGUGUUCCCCCGCCGUGGUGGCCGACUGGGAAUGAAGAUUGGUGGUCGCAUUUUAAUUUACCUCAUGGUCAGAGUCCUCCUUACAAAAAGCCACACGAUUUGAAGAAGAUGUGGAAAGUCGGAGUGCUAACUGCUGUUAUAAAGCACAUGUCACCUGAUAUUGCAAAAAUACGAAGACACGUCCGUCAAUCAAAAUGCCUGCAAGACAAGAUGACAGCAAAGGAAAGUUCGAUUUGGCUAGGGGUAUUAAGUCGGGAAGAAGCUCACAUCAGACAGCCUAGUAUUGAUAAUGGUAUUUCUGGAAUAACCGAAACACUACCUGUUGGUCUUCCUAUUGAGAAUAAGCAACCUGCAGCUAGUAGUGCUAGCAACUAUGAUGUCGAGGGUAUUGAUGAUAACGUCGGUUCUGUUUCUUCUAAAGAAGACAGGUGCGCUCAUUGUAUGGAUACCGAGAAAUCGGAUAACUCCCAAAAGAAUUCUGUCCAAGAUACCGAUCAAGCUAAGAAGCAAUCUAGGCCGAAAAGACCCCGUUCGAGGUCAAGUGCAGCCGACAAAUUACCAGCACAGUCUGACAAUGAAAUUUUGCAAAUUGAACCUAGAAGCAAAGUGCCGAAUAUGAACGGGACAGAUGAAGCACGUGCUGUUGGACUCCAUAUUCAUGGAAAUGAAAAUGUCAACGGGACAGAUUCUGUUUUGAGACUGACCGAGAAAGGACACGAGGUGCCAGCUCAACUACCGCCACCCGAGUUCCUCAAUCAUUACUCUUAUAUGCAUGCAAACAACAUAGUUUCCUCGGAGAGUGUGUAUAUGAAUAGACGGCCACCAUUGCACUAUGCUCCGUUGCAGAACCCUGACAUGUCUCAUGAAGCUACUUAUAAUCUCUACAAUCCAGUUACCGGAUAUGAUCCUAGUCACAUUCAAGAUGGGCAGCAUCUGCAGCAGCCCGAGCCUGCUCACAUUGAACCAAUUGGGCCACCAGAGAACGCUGCAAUCUCUAUACCUGUUGAAAAUACCAAAGGCGAUGAAAUUACCGGUGACAUAAACUAUUUCGGUAAAGACGCAUUCCAAAACGAGCUCGAUAGGCCUAUAGAUCCUUUCUUUGGAUCACCAAUCAACAUGUCAUUUGAUUUUGGAGGACUUAACAGUCCACCAUUCCAUAUAGAUGAUUUCAUAGGUGAUGAUGAAAUGAUCCAAUACUUCGGAGCAUAG